AGAAAAGUGGCGGAGGAGCCUCCCAGCGCCUCCCGCUCCGUCCUCAUUCCUGCUCUCUGCGCUCACAUUCUCCUCCAGCUCCCGACCCCAAUUUUGGGAUCUCCGGACCCUGAGUCGCUUUGUGCCUCGUAGACCUCCUUUGGAGCUAUGGAGGAUUUAGAUGCUCUACUUGCCGACCUUCAGGUUACUUCUCCGACUCGAUGUCCAGUCUUGUUAACUGAUUGUCUUGAAAAAUCCGAGAGAUGUGAAGAGCGGCCUCUGCCGCCCCCGUAUGACCCUCAGACAGCCUUGCCUUUUCCGAGCGCUGAUGCGGAGGACUCCCCUUCAGACAAGAGCCAUCUUUACAGUACAGUAAAGAAGUGCGGCCUCCCCUCCGUGCCAGCGAGCGUCGGGGGCGGUUUGUGUGAGCUGGACCGUCUGCUCAACGAACUCAACGCCACUCAGUUUAAUAUUACAGAUGAGAUCAUGUCCCAGUUUCCACCAAGAGAGAAAAAUGCAUCUGAAAUACCAGAUGAACGAAGGGCUUUGUCGGCGUCCUCCGCCACGCGGGAGCUGGACAGACUGAUGGCGUCGCUUUCAGACUUUCACAAACAAAACACGUUGUCUCUGGCACAGCAGCAGCCUGAAACGUACAUACCUGGGGGCUCAUGUGUGGGUUCUGGCACUGGAGAAGCCGUGUAUUCACCUCCCAAAAGCCAUGAGACAUCUGCAAACCCUGGAGAUCCAGAGCUGAAAAGUUCUCCUUCGUCCAGAUCCGGACAGGAAGUUUCUGUGGCAGAGAAGAGACUUCACGAAGAAACGUCUCACCCCAAGUGUACGGAACCUGAUAGUAAAAGUGACCUGGACUCCAUGAUGGUGAAACUCCAGUCUGGUCUGAAACAACAAGGGAUAGAAACACUCUCCAAAGGCCUGUGUGAAAGCUGCCAGCGCCCCAUAGCUGGACAGGUGGUGACUGCAUUAGGACACACAUGGCACCCUGAACACUUUGUUUGUGCACACUGUAAGGUACUUAUCGGAACUACAAAUUUCUUUGAGAAAGAUGGACGUCCAUAUUGUGAAAGAGAUUAUUUUUCGCUGUAUGCCCCACGCUGUGCAUUGUGUGACCUCCCCAUCUUACAGAAUUUAGUGACUGCUCUUGGCCGGACCUGGCAUCCCGAGCAUUUCUGCUGCAAAAUAUGCAGAAAACCAAUUGGGGAAGAAGGCUUCCAUGAAAAGGAUGAGCAUCCCUAUUGUUCAUAUGAUUAUUACCGACUAUUUGGAACAGUCUGUGCUGGUUGUUCUGAACCUGUGAAGGAAAGCUACAUAUCGGCUUUGAAUGGUUUAUGGCACCCUCAGUGCUUUGUGUGUCAUGUCUGUCGAAGCCCAUUUCUGAAUGGAAGCUUCUUUGAGAAUGAGGGCCUUCCGCUGUGUGAGACGCAUUACCACUCCUGUCGAGGUUCUCUGUGCGCCGGGUGUGAUCAGCCCAUAACUGGUCGAUGUGUGACUGCAAUGGGACGCAAGUUUCAUCCACAGCAUCUGAGUUGCACUUUUUGCUUGCGGCAACUUAACAAAGGCACUUUCCGAGAGCAAGAAGGCAAACCAUAUUGUCAAGCUUGUUUCGCCCGCCUGUAUGGCUAAAUAUUCAGUCAUCCAGAUGCUCUUAUGUGUGUGCAGAAGGUUGUAAAGUGAUGUGAGGAUGUCCUCAUGUACACGAGGGGUGGGUUAGAUAUCACGUCUGUAACAGGCUUUGCACUUCUAGUAAGGAGCUCUCACUUCUUCUCUAUCAUCAUUCACCGCUUCUACUAGCAUUCGGGAAAUAUUCUGUCUCUCAGCACAGUUUUUCACUUAUUUUUCUUGUGAUGCUCCACCAAAAAUGAACACAUAAUCGGAAGCUUGUGACUUGCAAAAACUUUGUAGAGAUGAUUGAAAUGUCUAAGCUGGUACUAUAUAUAUAAUAUAUGUAAUGUGCACUGGUGUUUAAUAUGUGUACAUUACAUUUCCUACAUACAUGUGGAUUAAAAGGAUAACCUUCGCUCCAUCUUACCACUUAUGUCGAAUAACAUCUCGGCAAGGUAGGUUUUACUCCUCCAGAGCUACAUAUUACUGUGUCUACUGAUGAAAGGAGUUUUGGGCUGAAAGGAAGGUGCGGCAGCAAUAUAGAUCCUUGGCGUCAUUUCCACGUGAAAGGUUCUAGGAAUAACCAGAUUGCUCAUUCAAGGAACAACAUUUUCUGCAAAUCAGUAAUCAUUUCAUGUUCACUUCUGGCCAGGUUAGGUGACUGGUUUCAGCCACUGUGUUCUGUAGACCAUGAAUAUUCAGACUGGUGAAUGAGUUUAUGUGGCAAUGUAUUUUGUGAUGAAAAACAAUGAAGAACAAUAAAGUUUUUCCAGAGAUUCACAAACACACCUGAGAGGUAAGUAGGGGAAAGCAGGAACUGGAUACAUUUACAUGUAGUUUUAGGGGGCAUUCCAACAUAAUGGUAACCCUGACCCCAAUAACAUCAAGGGGUUAAGUCAUCAGUAUCCGAUGAGUGGUUAGGGUUGGCCCCUGCUAUACUAUUUGAUGAUGUUUCCAGUCCUUUUAUAUUGAUGGUCUAUCUGAUCGGCGGGGUUCCAACACCCUGUACCCACUGAUCAGCUGUGGUGCCAGACGUCAGCGCCAUUGUGUAUAGUGGACAGAGCUGGUCAUAUUAACAAUGCUGUAGCCUUGAUAUGGUGCCGACUUCUGACAGCACAGCUACUGCAAAACAACUAAGGGGUGUCGGACCCUCUCCAUCACAUGCUGAGGAUAGCCCAUUAAUAUAAAUGUACCAAAAAAAACUUUUUAAGUCUUGGGUAAAACACAUUUAAGGGAGGUAGAUGUGUAUGUACUUAAUUUGUAUUCAUUUUCUUUCUAGAUGCCAAAUUAAGCAACUUUCUAAAUAGUGUUCAUUUAAAUUCUGUAUUGUCAGGUUUGUCGGGUCUCUCUGCUUUAACCAUCCAGAUCAGGACGUAGAGCGGUAGGAAUCCAGUCACACAAGCAUGGGGGCAAAGCAGCAGCCUCCUGACACAGAGAACUCACAUUCAGCUUAUGUUACUGCGACAGAUGAGUCUACAUGAGAAACAACAAGGGUUCGGGUGUAAAGAUAGAAACAUCCUGU